AUGAAGUCCGUUCAGAUCAUGCUUACCUCGGACAAGACCCCUCAACAGCAGCUUGGAGACCUGCUACCAGCAGAGGGAUUUGAUGUCGCCUUCUCCCAUCUCACGUUCCACCACGUCCCGAGUAUUCCUGAGACUCUUCUUGCCGUGAUGAGCUGCCUGAAGGAGCACACCGGGGUUGUCGCCAUUUCAGAUUUCGAAGCAGAACCCCAUGCAGCAGAAUUCCACCCCUCCAAUAUCCACGCUGAGUUGGAGAAGCACGGACUGGGGGUGGAAGACCUGGAAAGGGAUAUGAAAGCAGCAGGUCUACAAGAAGUGAAGGUGCUGCGUCCAUUCAAGAUUGACAAGGAGGUGGAGAGUGGCGGGUCCAAGAAGUUCCAGUUUAUUCUUGGCUUGGGCACACGCCCUUGA